ACAAGAUUUGCUAUUCGCACAAUCAAUAAGUGGGAAAAAAGAAAGAUUUGCAGAAAGAUAAGUGUAGCUCACAAUUCAUUUAGAUUCAUUUUUGAAGAACAUAUUACGGAUAUGUUAAUGGUAUCUGUCAACAAACCGCAAAAGGCAAUUGUGAACAAAACUGUAUUCCUGAGAAGUUGAAGUGGGAAGAAGGCAUGGCAGUGAGGAUAAACUGCUCCAUUCAAAACACCCUCUGCCUCUUUAACCCUCCCCUGUUCUCCUUCCGUAACAGAGCUUCUCCCUUCAAGCUCAAAACCCAAUUGCAUUUUCCUCAAUUCCCCUCUCGAGGACCUUUGUUCUGCACCUGCGCCGCCACCACCACCACCGAUGGCACUCCCUCAAAUGCCGAACCCUUUGUUCUCACCACUCCUCUUUACUACGUCAAUGCUCCUCCCCACAUGGGUAGCGCUUACUCCACCAUCGCCGCCGAUGCCAUUGCUCGGUUCCAGCGGCUACUGGGAAAGAAAGUUAUAUUUAUUACUGGCACGGAUGAGCAUGGGGAGAAAAUUGCUACUGCUGCCAUGGCUCAGGGUUCCACUCCUCAUGACCACUGCAAUCUCAUAUCUCAAGCCUACAAGACGCUUUGGAAAGAUUUAGAUAUUUCUUAUGACAAGUUUAUUAGAACAACUGAUAGCAAGCAUGAAGCAAUUGUGAAGGAAUUUUAUUCAAGAGUGCUUGCCAAGGGUGACAUCUACCGAGCUGAUUAUGAGGGACUUUAUUGUGUCAACUGUGAGGAAUAUAAGGAUGAGAAGGAACUGCUUGAUAAUAAUUGUUGUCCAGUGCACCUGAAGCCUUGUGUUUCAAGGAAAGAGGACAAUUACUUUUUUGCACUGUCAAAAUAUCAAAAAUCAUUGGAGGAAACUAUGAAUGAAAAUCCAAAUUUUGUGCAGCCAUCUUUCCGUUUAAAUGAGGUUCAAAGUUGGAUCAAAAGUGGCCUGAGGGACUUUUCCAUUUCCCGAGCAUCAGUUGAUUGGGGUAUCCCUAUUCCUGAUGACAAGAACCAGACUAUAUAUGUAUGGUUUGAUGCUUUACUUGGUUAUAUAUCAGCACUAUCUGGUGACCAGGAACAACCUGAUUUACACAAAGCUGUUUCUUCAGGUUGGCCAGCUUCACUGCAUUUGAUUGGUAAGGAUAUUCUACGCUUCCAUGCUGUUUAUUGGCCAGCUAUGCUAAUGUCUGCUGGACUAAGCCUUCCUAAAAUGGUUUAUGGCCAUGGAUUCUUGACAAAGGAUGGCAUGAAGAUGGGCAAGUCACUGGGGAAUACACUUGAACCAAAUGAUUUGGUUAAUAAAUUUGGGACAGAUGCAGUUAGAUACUUCUUCCUCAGAGAAGUGGAAUUUGGCAAUGAUGGAGACUAUUCAGAGGAGCGCUUCAUCAAUAUUGUGAAUGCACAUCUUGCCAAUACAAUUGGAAAUCUUCUUAAUCGUACACUAGGACUUUUAAAAAAGAACUGCCAAUCAACCCUAGUGGUGGAUUCCAAUUCAGCAGCUGAAGCAAAUGCAUUCAAGGACAACGUGGAGAAGCUGGUUGAUAAAGCCCGUAUUCACUAUGAAAAUCUCGCCCUGUCAUCAGCUUGUGAGGCUGUUCUGGCAAUUGGUAAUGUUGGGAAUUCCUAUAUGGAUGAGCGUGCACCAUGGUCUCUCUUUAAGCAAGGUGGUACUGCUUCUGAUGCAGCUGCUAAGGACCUUGUAAUUAUAUUAGAGACUAUGAGGAUUAUUGCAAUUGCACUAUGCCCUGUUACUCCAAGCUUGAGUUGGAGAAUAUAUGCACAACUAGGGUAUUCCAGGGAUCAAUUUGAUGCAGCAACCUGGAGAGACACCAAAUGGGGUGGGCUGAAGGGUGGGCAGGUCAUGGCUCAACCUAAACCAGUCUUUGCAAGGAUUGAAAACCAAACUGAAGUGGAAAACAAAGGCGUUGCAGUCGGAAAGACUGAAAGUAAAGGGAAGUUGAAACCAACUCAAGAACUCGCCGGAGCUUAGAUACCCACAUUACAUGUUUUUUUUUUCCUUCUCGAAAUUGUUUUUGUUUUCACCAACUUUGCCUCCUUUAAAACCAUUUAUUUUCCUAAUUUAUGUACACAAAUAUUUAGAUACAUACAUAUGCAAGAACGUAUGCUUGUGCAUAUGUAUAUAAAUUUUGUAUUGCUAAUUUAGAAAUAAAGUUGAGGGAUUAAUG